UGUCAACUCCAGAUCUGACCAAUGGGAACAACUCCUCCGCGCCCGCAAUCUUCAGCUUCGAAGCCAAUGGGAGUAACUCAACUUCGAUUUGCUUACAGGUCUACGCGCGCGUCCCAUGGAGUCUCGAGAACGAAGGAAGAUUUUCCGAAGGAAGCUGCAGAAGGACCCCGAAUCUUCUCAUCAUUGGACGUUAUCUUGUGAUGGACUAAAGAAGUUGGCGAGUUGUCACUCCGGAACUCCUUGAGCUCGAGGAUCCUGUAGCUGUAUAAAUAUGGCUUCGUUAGCCACAAGCUUUUGAUAUCACUCAACACAGCAACAACACGCAACUGAAUCAAACACUACCUACAAGAUUUUGCAAUUAAUCCCAUUACACUAAUUCCAAAAAUCUCAACAAUGUCUCCACCACGCCGCGCCCUCAUCAGCAUCACCAGUGCAGCUGCAAGCUUAUUCAAUGGCCAGGAAACCACCGGCCUCUUCAUCAGCGAAGCCCUGCACCCCUACAACGUCCUCACGGCCGCCGGUUUCUCAGUCGACCUCGCCUCCGAGACCGGCUCCUAUACGCCAGACUGGCUCUCCCAACAACCCGACUUCCUCAAGGGCUCCGACCUCACCACCUGGAACGACAAGACCUCAGACUUCCGCCAGAAACUGGACAACAUGCCCAAAGCAUCUGAGAUUGAUGGCAGCAAGUACGGAGUCUUCUACGCUUCGGCCGGCCAUGCGUCGCUGAUUGAUUACCCUACUGCCACGUCGCUGCAGAAGAUUGCGGAACAGGUAUGGGCGAACGGGGGCAUUGUGGCUUCUGUAUGUCAUGGGCCGGCAAUCUUCGCCAAUGUGAUUGACAGAGCAACAAACGAGCCGAUCAUCAAGGGCAAGAGAAUGACGGGCUUCACGACCGAGGCGGAGAAGGAUAUGGGAAUUUAUGAUGAGUUGAAGAGCUGGGACGCCGAGAUGGUCGAGGAGUUGGCCGAGAGGUUGGGCGCCACUUAUGAGAGAGGUGCUGGUGUUUGGGACGACUUCUAUGUUGUUGACGGCCGCCUGGUCACUGGUCAGAACCCACAGAGUGCUGCGUCCACUACAAGAGCUGUAGUUGAGGCCUUUGAGAAACUUUAGAGAUUGAACCUAUAUCAGUGUGAUUUCGCAUUAUAGCUGCAGGAUGUUUCGUUAGAUAUAGACCACUGCUUGUAUUCCGAUUGCGCAAAACCCC